UACAUGUAAAUCUUUACUUACCGAAAUCUGAUUAGUCUUAUUCACGAAUAUUCUCUUCGACUUUGCACAAAAUGGCGCGCAAUCGGUUUCAGCCGCGCUUUCUUCUUCUUUAUCCCUGAACACAUUGCGGUAAAUUGGGCAAAUGCGAGCUACAAUAAUUUAGUGCCUAUGUAGUGCCAUAAGCUAGCGAAUCCUAGAAAGUGUUAAUAUCCUUCACUCACGGCCGAUGCGGCAUUUCCAUCUGUGUGGGCCUUUAUCGUUAUGCCCAUUAUUCAGAAUUAGAAACUAUGUAGAAAACCGAAAAACUUCCAAUUGAGCACGUCGUGUUGCAUUGUGCAAGCCGCGAUUAAAUCGUGAUUGAAUUUAUCGAUAGCUCGCCUCAAUUGCACGAAAUCGAUAGGCACCGAUAGCGAUAUCCUGUUUUUAAACGAUAUUUAGGCGCUAACAAGAAGUGGACGCAACAAACUUAUCUUUUUAGAUGCUCAACAUUUUAGCAUGGGUUGAAUGAUUACAGCAGCGUAUCUCCCAGUCGAGCAGAGCCGCUUAGAUAACUUUUGCUGGUUUUUCUUGCAUCACCUUAAACUGUUUAUUGCUUCUUAUCGUUUCGGAAUCACAUGGCAGACGAAACAAACAAUAAUGAUGCCGCAAGCCAGCCACAACAAAUAAUUGCAAUGGCUGACCAACGGCCGCUGCUCGAGUACAUUGACGACGAGACAAAGGAUGGCCACACAGAUGCCCCGGAGCCGGCCUUGACGGGCAUUGGCUACAAGCACGGCGCCACGCCCUCGCUGGCCUGGUAUGGCCGUCAAUUGGUGCUGCGCCGCAAGCUGAUCCUAGGCCUGUUGCUGAUAUUCAUAUUCUCGUAUUUCCUAAUCGGACCGGCCGAUGUGCUGGACCUGGAGGCCGUGCAGGUGCAUCAUCACUCCAAUGUAUUGGACAUGGAAGCCGUCGAUUUGAAUCCAACGCAACCGCUUUUAUUGACAACCAUUGAGCACACAACUAAUCCGAUGCAAACAUCGAUAACCCCUAUGCCACAAGGCUAUCUCGUGUACAGCAAUCACUGCCGGAUCGUGGACCUAGAUCCGUUCAAGCGCGAGGUGAUGCGCCAUUUCAAGCGCGUUUCCUACAAGCCCUGCCAGACACGCCCGCCACUCACCAGGGUACACUAUGAUGGCACUGCGCAGCGCUAUAUCCUAAGCAUGGAAUCCACAGCUCUGGCCAGCUACAAAAAGGGCAGCGCCCUGAGCUGCUGCUAUAUGGGUGUGGAGCGCGCGAGUGAGACGGAUGUCAACUAUACGUCUUGCCAGAAAUUUAAAGGCUCAGCUCAGCUGUCCAACAGCACGGACAGCAUCAUAGUCAAGUGUAAAACGGACAAGGAGCGAGUCUACAUCAACGGACAUCCAACCGUACCGGAGCGCGUGGCCGUGCGAGAACGCCUGGAGCGCUGGGCGCACAAGGAUCGGAGCCGGCGUGUGCCCAGCGUACUGAUGAUAGGCAUCGAUAGCAUCUCGCGAGUGAAUCUCAUACGUGCGAUGCCCAAGACAGCGCAGUAUUUGUACGACGAGGAUUGGUUUGAGCUGGCGGGCUAUAACAAGGUAGAUGACAAUACAUUUCCCAACAUAAUGGCUUUAAUGGUGGGCUACAAUCUGACGAAUGCCAUGAAGCACUGUAAUCCGUACAAGGUGAAUGGCCUGGAUAAAUGCAAUUUCAUUUGGAAACUGUUCCAAGAACAUGGCUAUGUAACUGCCUACGGCGAGGAUGCAAUCAAGAUCAACACAUUUAACUACCUAAAAAAGGGUUUUCAGCAACCGCCCGUGGACUACUACUUGCGUCCGUAUUUGUCUGCCGCGGAGAAACUACUCGGCGGCAAUAUAGUACUUGGUCUGCCGCACUGCGUGGGCUUUGAGACGGAGGCGGAGCAUGUGUACAACUAUGCGCAGGAGUUUGCCAAACGUUAUCGCAACGACAGCUUCUUCGGCUUCUUCUGGACGAACACGCACAGCCACAGCGACAUAUCGCAGACCAGCUCCAUGGAUGACUACUUGCGGGGAUAUCUGCAGCGGCUGGUGGCGCAGGGCACAAUGGAGCACAGCAUUGUGGUGUUUUUCAGCGAUCAUGGUCUGCGCUUUGGACCGACGCGUGCCACCUGGUCGGGUCACUUGGAGGAGCGGCUGCCUUUUUUGUUUAUCUGGCUGCCGCCAUUUGUGCGACAGACGCAUCCGGAGUUUGUCGAAGCGCUGCGCCAGAAUCGCAAUCGUCUGACCACGCCCUACGAUCUGCACAUGACACUUAAGCAUAUACUCACGCUUUCGGGUCGCUCCGGUAGCCUGAAGUCGCUGGGCGGCGCCAAGGAUUGCCCGCAGUGCCAGAGUCUGUUGCUGCCAGUGCCGCUUAAUCGCAGCUGUCAGGAUGUGGCCAUUGAGGAUCACUGGUGCACAUGCUGGGCGUAUGAUAGCGUCUACAAGAACUCCAAGACAGUGCGUCAGCUGGCCAAGCGUGUGGUGCACUAUCUGAACGAUUAUAUCAACAAUUUCCGUAAUGGCAGCCUAGCUCAUCUGUGCGUCCCACUGUCGCUGCAAAGCGUGAGCGCCGCCUACAAGGCGCAUCCGAAUGACAUCGAUGCCGGCCAUGUACAGAUCUAUUGGCUAAUCUUCUAUACCGCGCCCAAUAAGGCGCUGUACGAGGCAACGGUGCGCUACAACAGCCAACUGCCCGAGGAGGACAACCUGCUGGUGACCGGCUCUGUGAGUCGCCUCAACACGUACAGCGGGGAGGCCGAUUGCAUGAACGAUUUUGCCAUCAAGAAGUAUUGCUAUUGUCGUCACAAGGGCGCUUGAUUCGAAUCGAUAAUAUGGGACUCAUAUAUUAGUUAGAUUGCUUAGUCUUAAGCCCCCAAGUGCCGUUAAUAGUAGUUGUUGUAGGGCUAAGCAAAAGUAGAUGUUUAACUCUCCCUCUAAGUAGCCGCCGUGUGGGCGUUAACACCUCGACUCGGGAACAUUUCCAGAGCAGCAACGUGAUAAUAUUUAUUUUUUUUUUUGUAAGAUUAGCAUUGAAAAUGCAAAGAACAGACGCGUCUAGGGAAUAUAGCGACAUCCUCUGUGUAAGUGUAGCCAACUUUCGUCCUAGAUAUAAGCAGGAAGAAGAUUAGGAAUCUCAAUCUUUUGUUCUGAGAACCUUGAGAAUGUCCUGUAUAGGAUCUCUUGACGUGACAUAGCUUUACUAGCAUAUCGAGUAAGACUAGUGAUAGUCUAUAGAUUACCUCUAUGUCACCUGGAACCCAAUAUCUAGUUCGAAUACCAUGGAUUCUCUGAGAAUAUUUCGUCUUGCCUUCAUCUGUAAGGUUUUUGGGAUUGGCUUCUUUCAAAUAUAUUUCAAUUCUCCUAGAGAAGCAUCAGAAAUAUUCUAUUAUGUUUGUAUCAUAAACUAGAGCUUGUAAAUUUGCUAUGUAGAUGCCAAGAAAAAAAUGAGAAAUAGAAAAGUAAAUUCCCACUGUAAAUAAUAUAUAUAUACUCACUGCUCACUUCUAAAGUUCUUUAUGUAUAUAUAAUCGAUGCCCAAUAUACUUAGAAACCCAAACAAACAACGAAUGCCAAGAUUUCAAUUAAUAUUGUAUAAUCAAGUAUUAUUUAAGUUUGCAAGUAAAAAAUAAACAGCUACAUUUUA